UAGUAAUGAAAAUAUUGUAGAAAUAUGCGGAAAAGAACUCUCAAAGAACAUACCACUACCAAACAGUACAAGUUCAUUGGAUUAUAUAAUUUGGUGGACUAUAUAUUUGUUAAAAUCUUGAAUUGCGAUUACUCAGUGUAAUUCCUAAUUCAGUUUUUUAGAACUUUUAAAAAAUUUGAACUCGGUAUCCUAUUAUCAGAUCUACGAAAAAUUGCCUUUGGUUCGAACUUUCUACCCGAACCGAAUAACAACCAACUUGCCUAGAACGUAAAAGUUGCUUCAACCGCAAACUUUUCAAUUGAACGGAUUUCUAGGAAGACGCAUUAAUCUGGCUUCAACAGUCUUGUUUAGUCUUUUAAGUGAUUUAUUUUAAAAAGAUUUUUUAAUUUUUUUUUAUAGACAAAAGGAACAGUUUUCUACUCUUUCGAUUACAAGGAAAAAAAGAAAAACAAGAUGAACGGAACUACCAACGCAACAACCGUCCCUCCUAAGACUGCUUCCGUUACGACGAAUGGACAGACCGAAAAGAAAUAUCGUCCUUGGAACGAUUUCCGCAGUGAUACCUUUACAGUUCCUUCGGACGAGAUGCGUCAAGUCAUGUUCGAAGCUACCGAUGGUGAUGCUGUGUAUGAAGAAGAUGAAGACACUAAAAAAUUAGAAGAAUAUGUCGCCAAGUUGAGCGGAAAAGAGGCAGGUUUGUUUGUCACCUCAGGUACUCAAGGAAACCAAUUGUGUAUCCGUGCUCAUCUUCAUCAACCUCCUCACAGUAUCGUUUGUGAUGACCGUGCUCAUAUUUACAACUGGGAGGCUGGUGCUAUUGGACUUUUCACUCAAUCCAUUGUACGUCCUGUAGCUCCCAAGAACGGAAAAUACAUCACCGCCGAAGAAGUCGAGAGCAAGUUGAUUGUUGGAGACGAUAUUCACUUUGCUCCUACCAGCUUGAUUUGUUUAGAAAACACAAUCAAGGGUUCUGUUAUUCCUAUCGAAGAAAUUGCUCGUAUUUCCGCUCUUGCUAAAGCCUACAAGAUCCCCCUCCAUUGUGAUGGUGCUCGUUUGUGGGAUGCCUCAGCAGCCACCGGUGUUUCCAUUGAAGAAUACUGUUCUUAUUUCGACACCGUAAGUCUCUGCUUGAGCAAGGGUCUUGGUGCUCCCAUCGGUAGUGUAAUUGUUGGUCCUAAGGAUGUCAUGAACAAGGCCAAGUGGUUCCGUAAGGCCUAUGGUGGUGGUUUGCGUCAAUCUGGUAUGUUGGCCGCUGCUGGUUUGCUCUCUAUCAAACAAAACUUCCCCUUGCUCUCUCGUGUCCAUCGCUACUGCAGAGAAUUCACCGAGUAUGCUGAGUCCUUGGGUGUUGAGUUUGAAGUCACUCCUGAAACCAGCAUCGCUAUCCUUGCCAACGUGAAUGUGGCUAUUUUAGUUGACGAAGCCAAGAAGGCCGGUAUUGUUUUAAUGGGUCCUCGUGUCGUUUUCCACAUUCAAAUUACUGCCGAUGCUGUUGAUAGAUUGAAGCAUGCAUUAAAACGAACCGUUGAGCGUCAAAAAUUGGAGCCUGAUGUCGUUGCUAAACCCGGUGAAUUCAAGGUUGGUUAUUAAAAUUCCUGGGUAUACUGUUGAGGGCCCUCUACGUUUCUGUUUGAUAAAAAAAUUUUUUGGAUUAUUUUUGUUUUGUCCUUUUGUCUUGCGAAAAAUUUUGUUAGGUGGUUUCAGUACGGAUGACUGACUAUACAAUUGGGCCUCGUCAUCAUAGUUUACGAAUUCCUUCUUUUAUGUUUGUAUAGUGUCAACAAAAAUCCAAGGCGGAUCAGGUUUUUUCUUAAUUUAAUUUAUUACUAUUUUUGUUUUAAAUUACUACUGAUCCUCGUUUUUCCGGGUUUAGUUGUUUUUUGAUAUAAUAAGAAUUCUUGUAUAUCCAUUAUUCAAGUUUUAUCCAUCUUAUUCUCAGUAGAGAAGAAGAUAACAUUUGAUGAAGG